AGCAAGGCUUUCCUACAGUAAAGCUGGAAGGCCAUAAUGAACCAGUAGUGUUGCAGGUGUUUGUGGGCAAUGACUCUGGUCGAGUGAAACCACAUGGAUUUUAUCAGGCCUGCAGGGUAACUGGACGAAAUACAACUCCCUGCAAAGAAGUGGACAUUGAAGGCACCACUGUUAUAGAAGUUGGCCUGGAUCCUAGCAACAACAUGACACUGGCGGUGGACUGUGUAGGAAUUUUGAAGUUGAGGAAUGCUGAUGUUGAAGCCAGAAUAGGAAUUGCUGGUUCCAAGAAAAAAAGCACUCGUGCCAGAUUGGUUUUUCGAGUUAAUAUCACAAGGAAAGAUGGCUCCACUUUGACAUUGCAAACACCCUCUUCUCCGAUUUUGUGUACUCAACCAGCAGGAGUGCCAGAGAUCUUAAAAAAAAGCUUGCAUAGCUGUUCAGUGAAAGGAGAGGAAGAAGUGUUUUUAAUUGGCAAGAACUUUCUGAAAGGCACUAAAGUUAUUUUCCAAGAAAAUAUUUCUGAUGAAAACUCUUGGAAAUCAGAAGCUGAAAUUGACAUGGAAUUGUUUCAUCAGGUAUGA